UGCGAGCGGAGCCACGUGGGUGGAGCUGGCGCGCAGGUCGCAUGGGGGAGUCUAUCCCGCUAGCCGCCCCGGUGCCGGUGGAACAGGCGGUGCUGGAGACGUUCUUCUCUCACCUGGGUAUCUUCUCUUACGACAAGGCCAAGGACAAUGUGGAGAAGGAACGAGAGGCCAACAAGAGCGCGGGGGGCAGCUGGCUGUCGCUGCUGGCGGCCUUGGCGCACCUGGCCGCGGCCGAGAAGGUCUAUCACAGCCUCACCUACCUGGGGCAGAAACUAGGGGGCCAGUCAUUCUUCAGCAGGAAAGACUCCAUCCGCACCAUCUACACUUCCCUGCAUAACGAACUGAAGAAAGUGGUGGCCGGCCGUGGCGCCCCGGGCGGAACAGCUCCUCACGUGGAGGAGCUUCUCCCCCACCUGUCAGAGCAGCUCUGUUUCUUUGUUCAGGCUCGGAUGGAGAUCGCAGACUUCUACGAGAAGAUGUACGCCCUCAGCACACAGAAGUUCAUCAACACGGAAGAGCUGGUCAGCACCUUGGAUACCAUCCUCAGGAAAUACAGCUCCAGAUUUCACCACCCCAUCCUCAGCCCUCUGGAGAGCAGUUUCCAGCUGGAAGUGGGCGUGCUGAGUCAUCUCCUCAAGGCGCAGGCGCAGAUCUCCGAGUGGCAGUUCCUCCCGUCCCUGGUUACCUUGCACAACGCUCACACGAAGCUUCAGAGCUGGGGCCAGACCUUUGAGAAGCAGCGGGAGACCAAGAAGCACCUGUUUGGGGGACAGUCUCAGAAGGCCGUGCAGCCGCCACACCUUUUCCUCUGGCUCAUGAAGCUCAAGACCAUGCUCUUGGCCAAGUUCAGCUUUUACUUCCACGAGGCGCUGAGCCGACAGACGACCGCGUCCGAAAUGAAAGCGCUGACGGCCAAGGCCAACCCGGACCUCUUUGGAAAGAUCUCCAGUUUUAUCAGGAAAUACGACGCUGCCAACGUCUCCUUAAUUUUUGACAACCGGGGCUCAGAGAGCUUUCAGGGUCAUGGCUACCACCACCCACAUUCCUACCGAGAGGCCCCCAAGGGAGUGGACCAGUACCCAGCCGUGGUGUCUCUGCCCAGUGACAGGCCAGUCAUGCACUGGCCCAAUGUUAUCAUGAUCAUGACAGACCGAGCUUCUGACCUCAACAGCUUGGAGAAAGUGGUCCACUUCUAUGAUGACAAAGUGCAGAGCACCUACUUCCUGACCCGCCCGGAACCCCACUUCACCAUCGUCGUCAUUUUUGAGUCAAAGAAAUCUGAGAGAGACUCCCAUUUUAUUUCCUUCCUCAACGAGCUCUCGCUUGCCCUUAAGAACCCCAAAGUGUUUGCAAGUCUGAAGCCUGGAUCCAAAGGUUAGCAGGCGCUUGCCCACGUUUUUCCAAGAUUGGAUACAUUGUUCUUAGUUGAGUAGUCUGUGAUUUGAAUUUAUAUUAGCUCGGGCUUAUUUCUGGGCAGAGCUAAAGACAGAACCUCCCUAAUCAUGUUGCACAGUUCAUAAGGACGGAGUCUCCAAGGAGUCGUCUGGAAGAGCCGUGGUGACUGAACCACCGUGGUACAGCGAAGGCGAAUCAGCAUUUUCUGAUCUCCCAGUAUUUCAUGUCAAUUGAAUAUUUGUUGGUUUCUCAUUUAUCUUUCCAGAUUUUGUUGUUGUUGUUGCUAUUCCGACCAUUGUGCCCCAGUGUGCUUCCUAGCAUCUCCCACCCUCCCUCCCUCCUUCCUUCCUUCCUUCCUUCCUUCCUUCCUUCCUUCCUUCCCUCCCUCCCCCCCCCCCCCCCCCCCCCCCAAGCCACAGGGAGAGAUGGGAUUGUUUUCAGUUUCACAAACACUAGUAUUAAUAGUUUUACAAGAUGAUCUAAUUAGUAUUAUACUGUAAUUAGAAUCUUGGUGAGAAAUUUCUGUCAGGAGGUGAAGUGGGAGAUGACAAUUGAUACUGGUCCUUAUAGCAGUUAAACCAGCCACAGGUCCUUUUCAGGUAACCCUCAGCUCCAUCCGCAUCAGUCUUUACCUUUCAAGGGUUUGGUAGUCACCUGUCCCAAGUCAGCCCAAGCCAUGGUUCAGUGUGGAAAGCACUCAGCCAUGCGCUUUAACCAAGUGUUUUAGUUUCUCACACAUUGCAGUUCAUUUUUAUAAAAUCGAAAUCACAGACUUAAUACUUUGUGCUUGCUACACAAACCAGUUCUGCUCCAUAGUCAGGGCAUCAGGUGAGGCCCCAGCACCUCUGGGCGUGGUCUCUUGCCUUCUGGAGAUGAUUGACGUGCAUGCAGAAGCAGUGCCCAGCUUCUCAGCACUGGCUGCUCUGUCCUCCUGUGUGUUCACAGGGAAGCGGAUGGAGAGAGACCACCAGGAAGCAUUGAGCUGUUACUGGUGGGUUUGUCCCCUGGAGCUCCUGUAAACGUUAGAGUCAGAUCAAGGCUUUCCUCGGGCUUGUAUGGAGCCACUGUCUGAUGGGGUGUCCACAGAGCAUGAGGCUCAUGCAGGGCUGGGGAGCCCCUCCCAGGCCUCCUGGUCAAGUGGGGUCCAGCUGUACAAGGGUCCACUGGCCAAUUACCUGCAUCUCCCCACUUUCACACAAACUUAAGCCAGUUGUCUUUAAACGGGUAAUAGCGAUUGACCCUGCAUUUUCUCCAGGAAAUAGGAACAAAUAUUGACCUUACACUAAAAAAUUGGAAACACUUGGAAUCAAAAACCAAACCAUUUUUCUUCUUUUAGUGUUUUGCUGUGAAACUGAAAAAAUAAUCCUUGGUAUGUAUUUUUUUGUUUUUGUUUUUCCACCAUUAGCCUUAAUGAUGUCGUUCCCAGUACCUAAAAGAAUAUAUAGGCUUCAGUAAACCAUGGAGGGAUGUAUAUAAAACACACAUAUAAAUAUAUAUUACUUAAAAUGGCCAAAUGUAUAUAUAUAUUUGAAUUGUAUAUAUUUUUAAACAUAUUUUGAGUAAUCUAAGAGGUAUUUACAAAGAACAGGAGGCAGAUGUGAAUAUUAAGAAAAUCUAUGGCAACGUAAACUCUUAAGUCCCUAUGCACUGCCAGGAUUGGAGGAACCUCGAGGAUUAGUACUGACUCUAAUCACUUCUCUAGCUCCUCAAUAAAGUUUUAUAUAUAUAUAAUUA